AUGGAGACCGAGUCCGGGGCGCAAACAUCAAAUCAGACGCAAACAGAUUCAUUAUCUCCAUCCCCUAAUCCUGUGUCACCUGUGCCUUUGAAUAACCCAACAAGUGCCCCAAGAUAUGGAACAGUGAUCCCUAAUCGCAUCUUUGUAGGAGGAAUUGACUUUAAGACAAAUGAAAAUGAUUUAAGAAAAUUUUUUUCCCAGUAUGGGUCUGUAAAAGAAGUGAAGAUUGUAAAUGACAGAGCUGGAGUGUCCAAAGGGUAUGGUUUCAUCACUUUUGAAACACAAGAAGAUGCACAAAAAAUUUUACAAGAGGCUGAAAAACUUAAUUAUAAAGAUAAGAAACUGAACAUUGGUCCAGCAAUAAGAAAACAACAAGUAGGAAUUCCUCGUUCCAGUAUAAUGCCUGCAGCUGGAACAAUGUAUCUAACAACUUCAACUGGAUAUCCUUACACUUAUCAUAAUGGUGUUGCUUAUUUUCAUACUCCAGAGGUAACUUCUGUUCCACCACCCUGGCCUUCACGUUCUGUAUCUAGUUCCCCUGUGAUGGUAGCUCAGCCAGUUUAUCAGCAACCUGCGUAUCACUAUCAGGCCCCUGCACAGUGCCUACCAGGACAGUGGCAGUGGGGCGUUCCUCAGUCUCCUGCAUCUUCUGCUCCAUUCUUAUACCUGCAACCUUCUGAGGUUAUUUAUCAACCGGUGGAAAUCGCACAAGAUGGUGGAUGUGUCCCUCCUCCACUGACUCUGAUGGAAGCCUCAGUUCCAGAGCCUUAUUCUGAUCAUGGAGUUCAAGCAACAUAUCACCAGGUUUAUGCUCCAAGUGCCAUCGCUAUGCCUACACCUGUGAUGCAGCCUGAGCCAAUUAAAGUAAGAAGUUUGUUUUGAUUUUUUGGUGUUUUUUCAGUCAUUUCAAGUUUUUCAAAUUUAUUUUCUGAAAAGGAACAACUUUGGAUAUUUAGAUCACAUUUGUGAUCAGA